AUGUAUUCUACUUCAAUAGCCAACUACUUUACAUCCAUCCUCAACAGAACCACCACACCACCACAACUGAAACAACAACCACAAGAAGGUGCUACUGCUGUUGACUCUACACCUAUCCCCAAAUCAUUCAUUAUAAGCACACCAGAGGAAAAGAUCGUUAGAAUCAAUAUGAAGAGUGUCAAACUUAAAGCAGACCACGGUGGGAACGGAGACUGCGGAAACGUAGAUGGAGAAGGAGUGGGCAAGAAGGACAAUGAAGCAGAUAUUGGUAUCGAAGACGAGGACUUCAUAUCUAUCAACAAACGACAAUUGACUUAUGCCGAAGUAGCUUCAAUCGCUGUCAAACUGGCAAAAUCCAAACCCAAAUCCAAAUGCUAA